GGCCGGAGCCAACCAGUUGCUUGCUGGCCUCCUUUUCCAAGUCCUUUCUUUUCUCCCACUCGUGUGUGUGUGUAUGUGGUACCGUAAACAGAAUCCCACUACAUCUCCUUUGAUAACCAUGGCAUUUGUGGUACUACAGUUUAGCAUUUCCAAGUGAGAGUCGUAGGGCUGAGAGGCUACCACUCAACUUUACAAGCAUAAUAAUUUAUCAGCAGCGGAAAGGUGGAAAAAGAAACCAAAGGAAAGGAAAUGGCGCACUCAGCCAGCCCGUCACAGUAGAGUAGCCCCCCCAUCAGUUAGCCAAACUGCUGAACUGCUGCUGCUACUCCACUUCUUCUCCUGCGUCCGUUGCCAUAUAUAGAAAAACAAACCCUCGCCUUUCUCCUGGGCCGAACCAUACAUACCACUCCAGUGCACGCACGCUCGCUUCCCCCGACCUCCCUUCCUCGCUCCCCCUUUGUGGAUAUAAUCAUAUCCUUUCCCACGACCUUGUUUAAUCGCCCACAAAUCCAACGCCGCCGCCGCCACAUGGACAUGGACUCGCCCCCUGUGCCUGUGCCCAUGCCGCCGUCCAAGCCGGCCGACCUCUCGCUCACGCUGGCGCCGGCCGCGCAGUCCGUCGCCGAGGCUGACGGGGGAGCCGGGGCGGGCGUCGACGGCGCGUGCGUCGACGGCAAGGACGUGCGCCUCUUCCCCUGCCUCUUCUGCAACAAGAAGUUCCUCAAGUCGCAGGCGCUCGGCGGCCACCAGAACGCGCACAAGAAGGAGCGCAGCAUCGGCUGGAACCCCUACUUCUACAUGCCGCCCGCCUCCUCCGCGCACCUCCACGCCAAUGCCGCACCGCCCAACUCCUCCGGCGCCACGGCCUCGGGGGCCUACGCCGGCUCUGGCGCUGGCGGCGGCGGCGUGGGCUCCGCCGUGCCCGGCGUGGCCGCGGGCGGCGCGGCGCACGCGUACGCCAGCCGUGCCUACGCGGCCUUGCCCACCACGUUCCCAAUCGCCUCCCACAGCUCCAUCAUGGUCGGCUCCGACCGGCUCCAGUACUACGCGCCGCCACAGGGCGCGUCGGCGUCCUCGGCGGCGGCGGGCGAGCUGUACAGCAGCGGCAUGCAGCAGGUGUCCCGCUUCGCCGCGCACCAGCAGCAGCUCCUGGCCGUCAGCAGCAGCAGCAGCGAGCGCGCGAUGAUGGCCGCGGCCGAGCAGCCCGGCGCCGGGCGCGACGAGCUGAUCGACAUGCUCAACUGGAGGCGGGGCUGCCACGGCCCGACCGCCUCGGCGGCCGCCACCACCCCCUCGCCGGCCAGCACCACCACCACGCUCACCUCCGGAGGCGGCAGCAACUACAACAACAACGGCGAGGAGGCCGAGGAGGAGCUGGACCUCAACUUGAGCCUGUAGCAGCAGUGAUGAGCUCGCCGGCCGGCGCUGCCUCCAAUCCAAGUCCAAGACAAGGUUAAUCCAUGGCCACGUAGUACCUCUACCCUUCUACAACUCCUAUUCGCCCGGCUAUUCAUGUCCCCUACCACCCUUCAGCACGACGUACGUACGUACCGCCCGCCCGCCCGCCCGCCCGCCAAGAUUAGCUGUUUUUAAUUAGAGAAGAAGAAGACGAAGAUGUUAAUUAAUUAAUUAGUUCCUCGAUCGGCCCUCCUUGUAAUCGUGCUCUUUGUAAUUGUACUAUGUUAAUGCUAGCGGUGAGCUGUGCUCCUUGUAAUCGUGCUCUUGAAUUUC